GUUGCCUCUAUUAAAGUAAGGCGAAUGUCUUAACUAAUUUGGCAUUCAUAGGAACCAAUUUGUAACCCAGUGACUAAGCUCACGAAAGGUUGCAAGCCUUUCUUGGAAAACGCAACAGCCACGCUAAUAGAAGCUGCUAUCAUAUGAUAAUCAGGAUAUAUACUGUGGCAAAGCGUUGGCAAUCUAGGGUACUUCGGUAUUCGUAAGGAAAAAAACGCGCCAGACGGUCACGAACAUGAACUUCCGCCCGCCUCCGCAGAAGUCCAUGAUCCACCGAAUUGCAUAGCUGCUAUAUACUUAUUUACUCGACCGUGUUUGCAAUAUUAAUUAAUAGUAACUCAUUUGCUCACGCGUUGCUAGACCAUACGCUCGUCCGGCUAAAGUCGCGAGCACCGGGAGCUCACUGGUCCAUAGAAGUGGUUCCGCCUUCUGGCCUCCUGUCCCAGCGCCCACCAGCCAGUCAACCGCCAUCAGCACGCAAGUAUGAAGGAUAAGCUGUUGACGCUUAUCGCUGCUGCAGAUGCUCUCGAGUCUAAGGAAAAGCAUCAUGGUCUUCGCUCAAUCCGUCGUCGGAGCAGCUCACCUAGCGGGAAUUCACAUACAAUUGCCAGCAGACGAAGUCUCGGCGACGCUUCCGACAACCCAGCGUACCUUGAAAUCGUAAGCCAGAUCACAUCAACUAUACCGAAACGGACGCCAGCAGCUGGCAUUAACAUUCCGACAGCCCAUCAACAUCUCCAUCCUCAGCCUGCGCCUCCAUCGCAAGUCUACGUCUUGCCAUCGCUUGCGCCUCAGGACGUGCGUCAACAACAGUAUGUCUCGCCCCCGCACGGCAUCCUUACAUCCCGGCGCAGCUCCAUCAACGCCCUGGUCCUGGGUUCCGACAACAGCACCCCACCCACCAGCCCCGCCGUCGAGCCCCUCUUCAGCCGCUUCGCCCGCCAGAGCUGCGACAGCGCCCAGGCCUCCUCCUCCUCCACACCCCUACCUGCCGCACCCGCGCCCUUACCCGCACUUGCGGCUCCUGUGGCCGCACCGGGCUCCUCCCAUCCGCCAUCCGCACCCGCCCUGGAGCCGUACAGGACUUACAGCCCCCUGCCAACGCCGUACUACAACUCAACCACCAUACCUCCCUUCAUGGAGCGCAUGGGCAACGCAGCCCUGCCAUCCUCGGGGGCCAGUGCCAGGCGCAGAAGUGCCGGCGCGCUUCACUACCGGCACAACCCCUACCGUGCCAGCGGCGGCUUAUCCGGUGUAGCGCAACAUCACCACCCGCUGUACGACAAGCUGCACACAGUGCCGUACAACACGCCCCCGGCGCCGUACGUUUACCAGGAACAACUAGAGGUGGUCCCCGGUACCGCCUACUGCGGCUGCUCCGGGUGCCGCCUAGCAGCGCCCCAAAGCUGGCCUCCUGCGGCAACAACACCCAGCCCAAGCCCUCCCGCUGCCGCCACCGCCGCCGCCGCUGCCGUCGCCGCUGCUGCUGCUGUUGCUGCUGAGAAGAGCCCCUCGCGAGCUGUCACGCCGCUGCGUCGGCGCCCCGGAGCGCUACCCAUUCCGCCCCUCUCAUCGCCGCCCCCGCCACAGCACUCUCCAUCCCGUGCUCCUGCUCCUGCUCCUGCUGCUCCUGCUGACAUCGCCGGCUCAACUUCCGCGGACUUCACAUGGGCUUGGGUCACCCGCCCUGCCGCCUCCCCGCAGCGCCUGCCCCACCCCGGCCCGCAGCCGCCCGCGCCGGUGGUGGAGGGGCGCGUGGUGGGCACCGGCGCCAUGGCCCCGCACCACCCCUCCCCGCACCCGCCCCUGCCGCUGCCCCUGCUGCACCCGCCGACCGUCCCCGGCGACGACACCAGCUGCGGCGGUACGACACCGCCCAGGGACCAUGCGACCAUGGUGUACCGGCAUGGGUGUGUGGCUGGCGCAGUACGCGGCCCCUACGCUCCCCUGUACAUGGUUGGCAACAACGCCUCUUACGACUAUGCCUGCUACACCGGGCCGGCGGAUCGCUCGCUGGCUUUGUAUGAGCAACCGCAACAACAGCUACAGCCGCGGUACCCGCAGCCACAGCCUUCGCAGCAGUUGGUUCCAGCGAGCGUGCCGUACGUCCAGGGCCGUCAGUCGUACAUGGGGCCCCUGUCGUACGGUCCCGGCGGUCCGCAACACCCGCAACAGCAACAGCCGCUACCGUACAAGCCGCAACCCGUUCGUGAGGCCGUCAGUUGCGACCCGCAGGGCAACUACGGCCGCUACAGCCGCCUCUACCACCCCUACCGCCGCUACACCAGCGGCAACUACUUCGCCACCGCCACCAUGCAGCCGGGUCCCACUCUGAUGGCUGCCGCGGCCCCCUGCUGCCCUGCACGCCACCGCCGUGCCGGCAGCUGCCCCGAGUACCUCCGACCCCCCUCCGCUGGCCACCCCUCUGCCGCUGCUGCCGGAGGUGGCAUUCCCCCCACCGCUGCUGCCUCAUGGGAGGCCCAGCCUGCCGUCGUCUUCGCUGCGACCGCUGGAGGCUACGACGCAUGCGGAGGUGCCGGCAUGACGUCCGAAGCAACGGCAGCUGCGGCGAAGGCAGUACCGCUCGCACCUGCACCAGCCCCCGCAGUAGCAGCCGUGGGCUCCGUCGGCCCGCAUACCUUCCGCGAUGCCUUCCACAGGGCCUGCCAGGCAGCUGCGCAGCCCCGUACGAUGUGCUGCCAGUGAAACACACGUGUGGGUGCCCGUGCACAGGUGGGGUUUGUCCGGCAUGUACGACAGCACCGUUGCUUUAGGAGGGUGAUGUUAACCUGUUGGGAGGCCCCUGACGAGCUGGUGAACAUGCCGAAGAGAAUGCCGUUGUGGUGGGGGCCGUUAGUACAUACUGGGUGAAGGAGGUGGUGGGGGUUAUGAAAACCUGGUUGGGUUGCACAACUGUGGGAUUUGUUAGUGGGAGCGUACUUACCAUCAGAACGCAUCAGUCUAGACAGUGUGGUGAUGGCUGCGAGUGCCACUUCUGCCGGCUGGAGCCUUUGCGGGAAGUGGGUGUCCUGGGGUGCGGGGUUACUAUUCGACAGAGGUGUUUCACACUAGAGCAUCAUCGGAGCAAUUGGACUCCGCAUUGCCCUUACGCUCGGGUACCUUGGGCAGCUGACAAGCACUUGUUGAACAGGUGCAUGGCGAAUUGGUAAUUGAUGUACGGCAGGAGAUGCCGCUGCAGGGCCGCUGGUUAUUUUUGGAUACUUGGUUGCCCAACUAGGCUGCAAUCCAGUUUUGUGCAUCGACUCGCCUCGUGUGCAACAUGGUGUGGCAUGGGGCUCCGAGGCCGUUCCCUUCUCCUGCUGUCGCGAUUAUAACUGGCAAAUUGAGCGCGAAAUGUGAGACGCAACUCAGCCUUUGCUACACGCCCGUGCCCUUAUAAGUUAUAUACAUACGCCUCGCGUCACGGCUUUUUGGUUGAGGUUACGAGCACGGUAUAUAACUUGUACGGCGGAGUAUAUGACAGUACUUGUUUGCGUAAUCGGUACGUCCUUAGCUGUUUGCUUGUGGGUGGUCGAUGAGUGUUGGGGCUGCAAAUACCCGCAGGCAAGUAGGCACAGCCGGAUGCUUGCCUUGAGACGCCUGUUGGGGCCCCUGUUGGUUACUGCUGCUGUUGUUGCUGGUGGGGUCUCGCAUCUGUAGUUCUCCCAUCCCUGCUGCUGCCAGAAGAGGUUCUUGUGAUAAAGCAACUUAGCUGCAUGAACUCACUAGUGCCGUUGCCUUGUCUUGUCUAUACGUAUAGAUUGUGAACAUGCACAUGAUUCUUAUCUAGCAGCUUGAUUGCGUGUUGGGAUGCAUGUGGAUGUGACGUCUGGAGGCAGGUCACCGUUGGCCGUUAGCUGUUACCCUACUUCGUACGUUCCGUGCUUUGCUCCAAGGGUGCACCUGCAUGGCCGUUCUGUACAGCUGGCGCCGCGAAGGCUACAGCGGUGGUGCCACGACUGAACCAGAAUAAAGAGCCAUUCAAUGGCGAUGCGGGCCGAGGUGGUGGUGCAUGUGUUUGUGUGCGUGGCAGCAGUCGUGUAUGCGUUUCUUAUUGGCGUAUCUCGUAGUAUACCUAGCUUAAGCAAGCAUCUUACCCUUGUCCUAAUGUGGUUACCUGUGUCUACUUUACUAACAGACCGUUAGUGGUUUCCUUGUUCACAUGUCGACCUGUUUAGUGCGCCUACAGCGCCGCAUAGCACUCCUCUGUGAAGGCGGGAUGGAGGCGGGCAGUACCGAUUUGUCAGGUUGCUGCUUGCUGCAGUGGUAUCGGUAACGCCGGUUGACGUGACACGCCUACGUUGAACGCAUGCACGCAUGUGACCUCGCUCGGCUCGACAGCCGGGGCGACCAACCCCAGCGAGCUGAGCCAAGCGAUGUUGGGGAAGCUUGCGGCGCUUUACUUGUGCAUGGGGAUUAGCCGUCGGAGUAAUUAACCGUAUGCCCGUACCUUCCCUGUGAGCAUGUGCUGUGCGAUAUUAGAGCGUGGGUGCGUUCAUGUUGGUAUCUACUUUAGGCGCCUGUUUAGCACACCUGGGGCGGUGCAUUCACGCCCAUGUGGUGGUUGUAUUGGAGGUGCUGGUCAGCGCAGGCUGGGGUAGUUGGCUAGUUGGUCGGGCCAGGGGCCUAGCAGGCGCUACUGGGGUUCUUUCACGUUUAGCGAUCUGCCGUAAUAUUCUCCUGUCACUUAUACAAUAGUACAGUCAUUAAUAAAGACGGCUGCAGGAGUUGUUGGUGCCUUGAGUACGGUGUCCACUGUCCAGUACAAUCAUGGCUAUCGGUAGCUGUUCUCGUCCUCGUCCAUAGCCAGCACCGCUCACUACGUAUAUGAUGGCGCCCACGUGCUUUACAUAUCGGUAUCUAUCUAAUUAAGAUAUGUGGGAAAAAACCGCACGAGUAAGACACCGUAAGACUGAUCAUGCUGUAAGUUACGAGUCCAACCCCUUCGUGUUGCCGACUUGGUUCCAAACACCCGCAUGAACGCCCGCGUCAUGCAAUACGG